AUGGCAAAACCGGGAAAGGGAAAGGCAAACAACACGAGUGCUCAAGGCGCACAGACCACGACGACACCAGCCUCGUCAUCAAGCUCUUCACCACCAAACUGGCCCGCAUUCAAGCCACCCCUGCCCCUACCCGGCUUGUCGCUCGAGCUUGAGCCCCUGGUAGAAGACCAGAUAGUAGUGGUCAGGAACUUCUGGCCGCGCUCGCUCUGCAGAGACUACGUCUCGUUUCUCAAGACCCUGCCGCUGGUGACGACGCCGGGCAAGCCCAAGAAGGGCGAUGCGGUGCGUGUCAAUGACCGCUUUGAGAUCAACGAUGCCCGAUUCGCAGACAGGCUCUGGAGCCAGACCGGCCUGAAAGAUGUCGUGUUGCAGGACGAGGAGGCUCGUCGGUUAUGGGGCGGUGAGCCGGUAGGCCUCAACCCUCGCAUCCGCGUAUACAGAUACUCAAAGGGCCAAUACUUUGCUGCCCACUAUGAUGACUACAACGCCGUCACGGUCAAUGACAAGCCGGCCAAGACGACAUGGACCCUCCUUCUGUAUCUCACCUCGGCUGCCGAGGGUUGCUCAGGGGGCGAGACGGUAUUCUAUCCCCAUGACAGGAUCUCCGCCAAGGAAGAGAUUCCCGUCUCCCUCGAGACGGGUAUGCUGCUCCUACACAAACAUGGCGAUGACUGCAUGCUGGCUUUGGGAAAUGGUGAAAGUCUGGAUGAGCUAUGGCACCUUGAUCCCAUCAUCUUCUCGACUCCAUCCCAAUACAUCGCCCCCAUGCUACCCAUCGCCGAGAAUCCCAUGAUCGAUCCGACACUAAGAAUUGCCCUCCUUGGCUCUAAUCAAACACCUCCCCAGAAUCUCCUCUCUCAAAAUGCCCCAUUGCGCGUUUAG